CUCACACAUGGUGUACAGUCUACCACUGAACUAUAUCCCCAGCCCUAUUAAUAAUGUUUUAAGAUAAUAUAUGUUAUUAAGAUAAAUUGCUUAACACACAUGGUGUAUUCUAAUUGAAGAAAUGAAACAUCAUAUAUUCAUAUGGUUAAAGAAGUAUUUGCAAGAAAACAAGCCAGCCUAAUUUCAUUUUACAAUUUUUAUUGGUUUCUUUUAAAAAAAUAAUAGUUGGCAUAAGGAUUCAUUUUGACAACAAAAUUAAAUCCAGCAUUUCUGUACACUUAUACACAGAACUGCCUCUUUUGUCCUUGUGGAACUGACAGCCUGAGAGAGUCAAACAUAAUAGCAUAUGAUUAAGUUCGCUUAAUAAUAAAAGUCUUUUUUAGUAUGUUUGAAAGUGUGAUGGGGAAAAAUUCAAGAAAUGUGAAUAAAAUUCUGUAAUAUUUUUGUUUUUAUUUUAUUUUUUUCCAGUGCUAGGAAUGGAACCCAGGGCCUCAUACAUGAUAGGCAAGCACUCUACAUUCGAACUACACCACCAUUCCUAACAUUCUAUAAAAUUUAAAGAUGUUGCCAUACUCCAGGUGUACUAGAAUGCACUAUCUAGUGUUCAUAGAAGAUAGCAACACUCAAAACUGCAUGAGAUUUUAAAGUCGGAAAAUAAUCAAAUGUUAAAAAUUUUUUUCCGAAGACUUAAAAUAAUUAGGCAGCAAUGCGGUUAUUACAUUCAAAUAAUUGGAAAACUCGAAAUAAGUUAACAAUAGAACUCAGCCUUGUGAAAACUAAACAUAUAAUUUCCUUCCAGGGGCCUAAUGUUUACAGUUAAAGGCCCUCUAAUUCAGAAAAAUUUUCGCAACUUUCGAAAAGAGCAGGUUAUUUGUUUUGGAAGUACUGGAACCCAGAGCACUCUACCACUGAGCUACACUUAUCCCAACCCUCUUCCUGUCCUGUCCAAGUGUUUGGAAAAAUGGGGUUGAUUCUUUCUAAAACAAUUUCUUUUGGCACUGGGGAUUGAACUCGAGUUGCUUUACCACUGAGCUACAUCCCUACCCCUUUUUAUUUUUGAGAUAGGUUGAGCAAAAUAGUAGAGACCUACAGGCAUACGCCCGAAAAGCACGCUUUGUUUUUUGUUUGCAGGUUUUCCUUUUUCCAAAAAAUAUUUUUAAAGGAAACUUUACUGUAGGCUUACAUUCCUAAGAAAAUAACGAGCUAUCGCAAAAUAAAGUCAAAUAUAUCGCUAGACAUUUUCUAAAUCCGUGCUGAAAAAAUACUGAUUAGCAACACAAGGAGGCAGAAGCAGCCAGGAUAAAAGUCGGUGUUCAGCACCCUUCCAACAAUCCCAUCAGCUGGCAUUCUCAGGGCUAAGGCUCAGAGAUCCUCACAGCUCUUAGGCCGCCGCCAGCACCUGGGCCUCAGGCGGCGAGGCCAACGGGAAUAAGCCCCGCCCCGGGACGCGGCCGCGAAUCCCGCCGCUCUAGGCGCGCAGGGCGCUCUCUAUGGUCGGUUGGGCGGUGUGUUGUCAUCGGCGGAGCGACGGCCGGAGGCGGCGGCGUAGGCCCCGGCGGGGCGUUUAGUUUCGGUUUGGCCCUGUCUGCAAUUAGUGUUGACUGUCGAAAUGGGAGUCCCCAAGUUUUACCGAUGGAUUUCGGAGCGGUACCCCUGCCUCAGCGAAGUGGUGAAAGAGCAUCAGAUUCCUGAAUUUGAUAACUUGUACCUGGAUAUGAAUGGAAUUAUUCAUCAGUGCUCCCAUCCUAAUGAUGAUGAUGUUCACUUCAGAAUUUCAGAUGAUAAAAUCUUUACUGACAUUUUUCACUACUUGGAAGUGUUGUUUCGCAUUAUUAAACCUAGAAAAGUGUUCUUCAUGGCUGUGGAUGGUGUGGCUCCUCGAGCAAAAAUGAACCAGCAGCGUGGGAGGCGUUUUAGGUCAGCCAAGGAGGCAGAAGACAAAAUAAAAAAGGCAAUAGAAAAGGGAGAAACUCUUCCUACAGAGGCCAGGUUUGAUUCCAACUGUAUUACACCAGGGACAGAAUUCAUGGCUAGGUUACAUGAACAUCUGAAAUAUUUUGUAAAUAUGAAAAUUUCCACAGACAAGUCAUGGCAAGGAGUUACCAUCUACUUCUCAGGCCAUGAGACACCCGGAGAAGGAGAGCAUAAAAUCAUGGAAUUUAUCAGAUCCGAGAAAGCAAAACCAGAUCAUGAUCCAAACACCAGACACUGUCUUUAUGGUUUAGAUGCUGACUUGAUCAUGCUUGGAUUAACAAGUCACGAGGCACAUUUUUCUCUUUUAAGAGAAGAAGUUCGAUUUGGUGGCAAAAAAACACAAAGGGUGUGUGCACCAGAAGAAACCACAUUUCACCUUUUACACUUGUCUUUAAUGAGAGAAUAUAUUGACUAUGAGUUUUCAGUGUUAAAAGCAAAGAUCACGUUUAAAUAUGAUAUUGAAAGAAUUAUAGAUGAUUGGAUUUUGAUGGGAUUUCUGGUUGGCAAUGAUUUUAUCCCUCAUCUACCUCAUUUACAUAUUAAUCAUGAUGCACUGCCUCUUCUUUAUGGAACAUAUAUUACCAUCCUUCCAGAACUUGGGGGUUAUAUUAAUGAAAGUGGACAUCUCAACUUACCUCGAUUUGAGAAAUACCUUGUGAAACUAUCAGAUUUUGAUCGGGAGCACUUCAGUGAAGUUUUUGUGGACCUAAAGUGGUUUGAAAGCAAAGUUGGUAACAAGUACCUCAACGAAGCAGCUGGAGUUGCAGCAGAAGAAGCCAAGAACUAUAAAGAAAAGAAAAAACCAAAGGGCCAGGAAAAUUCUGUAUGUUGGGCUGCUUUAGACAAAAAUGAAAGUGAAGUGGUAGCUUCUAAGGAUAACUUAGAAGAUGAGACUGAAGAUGAUGAUCUAUUUGAAACUGAGUUUCGACAAUAUAAAAGAACAUAUUACAUGACAAAGAUGGGGGUUGAUGUAGUCUCUGAUGAUUUUCUGGCUGAUCAAGCUUCAUGUUAUGUUCAGGCAAUACAGUGGAUUCUGCACUAUUACUAUCAUGGUGUUCAGUCCUGGAGCUGGUAUUAUCCUUAUCAUUACGCACCUUUCCUGUCAGACAUCCGCAACAUCAGUACACUCCAAAUCCGUUUUGAACUAGGAAAACCUUUUAAACCAUUUGAACAGCUUCUUGCUGUACUUCCAGCAGCUAGCAAAAAUUUACUUCCUACAUGCUAUCAGCAUUUGAUGACCAGUGAAGACUCUCCAAUUAUAGAAUAUUAUCCACCUGAUUUUAAAACUGAUCUAAAUGGAAAACAACAGGAAUGGGAAGCUGUGGUAUUAAUACCUUUUAUUGAUGAGAAGCGAUUGUUGGAAGCCAUGGAGACAUGUAACCACUCCCUCAAAAAGGAAGAGAGGAAAAGAAACCAACAUAGUGAAUGUCUAAUGUGCUGGUAUGAUAGAGACACAGAGUUUACCUACCCUUCUCCAUGGCCAGAAAAGUUCCCUGCCAUAGAACGAUGUUGUACAAGGUACAAAAUAAUAUCAUUAGAUGCUUGGCGUGUGGACAUAAACAAGAACAAAAUAACCAGAAUUGACCAGAAGGCAUUAUAUUUCUGCGGAUUCCCUACUCUGAAACACAUCAAACAUAAAUUUUUUUUGAAAAAAAGUGGUGUUCAAGUAUUCCAGCAAAGCAGUCGUGGAGAAAACAUGAUGUUGGAAAUCUUAGUGAAUAUAGAAUCAGAUGAACUUAGUGUAGAAAAUAUAGCUUCAUCGGUGCUUGGAAAGUCUGUCUUUGUUAAUUGGCCUCACCUUGAAGAAGCUAGAGUUGUGGCUGUAUCAGAUGGCGAAACUAAGUUUUACUUAGAAGAACCUCCAGGAACACAGAAGCUUUAUUUGGGAAGGACUGUGCCACCAUCUAAAGUAAUCCAUCUUGGAGACAAAGAACAAUCUAACUGGACAAAAGAAAUACAAGGAAUUUCAGAACAUUACCUGAGAAGAAAAGGAAUAAUAAUAAAUGAAACAUCUGCAGUUGUGUAUGCUCAGUUACUCACAGGCCGUAAAUAUCAAAUAAGUCAAAAUGGUGAAGUUCGUCUAGAAAAACAGUGGUCAAAACAAGUUCUUCCUUUUGUUUAUCAAACUAUUGUCAAGGACAUCCGAGCUUUUGAUUCUCGUUUCUCCAAUAUCAAAACACUGGAUGAUUUGUUUCCUCCUAGAAGUGUGGUAUUUAUGCUGGGAACUCCAUAUUAUGGCUGCACUGGAGAAGUUCAAGAUUCAGGUGAUGUUAUUACAGAAGGUAGGAUUCGUGUGGUUUUCAGCAUUCCCUAUGAGCCCAACCUUGAUGCUCUAAUACAGAACCAGCAUAAAUAUUCUAUAAAGUACAACCCAGGAUAUGUGUUGGCCAGUCGCCUUGGCGUGAGUGGAUACCUUGUUUCAAGGUUUACAGGAAGUAUUUUUAUUGGAAGAGGAUCUAGGAGAAAUCCUCAUGGAGACCAUAAAGCAAAUGUGGGUUUAAAUCUCAAAUUCAACAAAAAAAAUGAAGAGGUACCUGGAUAUACUAAGAAAGUUGGAAGUGAAUGGAUGUACUCAUCUGCAGCAGAACAACUUCUUGCUGAGUACUUAGAGAGAGCACCAGAACUAUUUAGUUAUAUAGCCAAAAAUAGCCAAGAGGAUGUGUUCUAUGAAGAUGACAUUUGGCCUGGAGAAAAUGAGAAUGGUGCAGAGAAAGUUCAAGAAAUUAUUACUUGGCUAAAAGGACAUCCUGUCAGUACUUUGUCUCGUUCUUCUUGUGAUUUACAAAUUCUGGAUGCAGCUAUUGUUGAGAAAAUCGAGGAAGAAGUUGAAAAGUGCAAGCAAAGAAAGAAUAAUAAGAAAGUACGAGUGACAGUGAAGCCACAUUUGCUAUACAGACCUUUAGAACAGCAACAUGGAGUCAUUCCUGAUCGGGAUGCAGAAUUUCGUCUCUUUGACCGUGUUGUAAAUGUGAGAGAGAAUUUUUCGGUUCCAGUUGGCCUUCGGGGCACCAUCAUAGGAAUCAAAGGAGCUAGUAGAGAAGCUGAUGUACUAUUUGAAGUAUUAUUUGAUGAAGAAUUUCCUGGAGGCUUAACAAUAAGGUGCUCACCUGGUAGAGGUUAUCGACUACCAACAAGUGCCUUGGUGAACCUUUCUCAUGGGAGUCGCUCUGAAACAGGAAAUCAGAAGUUGACAGCCAUUGUGAAACCACAGCCAGCUGUGAAUCACUAUAGCCCAAAUUUAUCAGUUUCUGCCUCACAUUUAGGAGGCCUCAACCAUUCUCCUCAGUCACUUUUUGUUCCUACUCAAGCACCUAUUAAAGAUGAUGAUGAAUUUUGCAACAUUUGGCAAUCCUUACAAGAAUCUGGAAAAAUUCAGCAGUUCCAGCCAACUGUACAAGAGAAGGGUGCAGUUCUACCUCAAGAAAUAAGUCAAGUAACUCAACAGCAUAAAUCUGGCUUUAAUGACAACAGUAUUAAAUACCAACAAAGGAAACAUGACCCUCACAGAAAAUUUAAAGAAGAGUGUAAGAGUCCUAAAACUGAGUGUAGGUCACAAAAAACAUCCAAUAAGCAGCUUAACUCUGGAAUUGAGAACUUUUUGGCGUCAUUGAAUAUAUCCAAAGAAAACGAAGCACAGUCAUCCCAUCAUGGAGAACCUUCAAAUGAAGAGCAUUUGUCACCACAAUCAUUUGCUAUGAAGGGAACACGAAUGCUUAAAGAAAUUCUAAAAAUUGAUGGUUCUGACACAAUGGACCGUAAGAAUGAAAUGAAAAAGUUUGGUAAUGAAGCCACUGUUUCCUCUAAUAAAAGAGAUGAAUAUGGACUGUCCUCACAACCUAAACAAAAUAAGAAAUUAGCAUCUUAUAUGAACAAGCCUCACAGUGCUAAUGAGUACCAUAAUGUUCCAUCUGUGGACAAUGUGUGUUGGCCUGUUCCUGGCCAGAUCCCUCCUGUGCCCACUCCAGUAACUGAACUUUCUCGAAUUUGCUCCCUUAUUGGAAUGCCACAACCAGAUUUCUCCUUUCUGAGAACACCUCAGACAAUGACAGUUUGCCAAGUAAAAUUAUCUAAUGGCUUACUGGUACACGGGCCACAGUGCCACUCUGAAAAUGAAGCCAAGGAGAAAGCUGCACUUUUUGCUUUACAACAGUUGGGCUCUUUAGGAGUGAAUUUUUCUUUGCCUCCACCAAUAUUUCCAAAUUAUCCUCCCACUGUUCCAGCUGGAACCAUACCUCCAGUCUUUCCCCAACCUACUGCUAAUAUGAUGCCUUCACCUCAUCUCUUUGGCUCAAUGCCAUGGGGACCACCAGUGCCAGUUCCUGGGAAGCCCUUCCAUCAUACAUCACAUUCUGGGACCAUACCCAUGGCUGGAGGAAUGCCAGGUGGAGUGCACAAUCAGUUCAUACCUCUACAGGUUACCAAAAAAAGAGUUGCAAACAAAAAGAACUUUGAGAAUAAGGAGGCCCAGAGUUCUUCUCAAGCCACUCCACUUCAGACUAGCAAGCCCAGCUCUUCUGAUGACACCAGAGUGAUUCCACAGGAAAGCUCAUCAGGCCCUUUAAAGUCCUCUCAGCUGGCUCAACCUGCAUCUUCUUUUCAAGUUGAAACUUCCUCCCAAGGCCACAAUACGUCUCAUCAGAAGUCAACACCAAGCUCUUCUUCUAGAAGAAAAUCAAGAAAACUGGCUGUCAAUUUUGGCAUUUCUAAACCUUCUGAAUAAAUUUGGUACUUGGGAAUUAAAAUAAUUUCUUUUAUUUCCAUCACCUUUUUAUAAAUCCAUAUCUCAUAAAUGUACUAUUUUAAAAUAAUAUGUUUGAAUAUUUUUAAUUUUUAAGUCGUCAGGCACUUUUCAUGCCAUUUAAAAGACUAUAUAUCAAAUUGUGCACUUUAACUAUGUGCAGUUUGUUGUACGUCAAUUAUACCUCAAUAAAGUUGUAAAAAGAAAAAAUACUAAAUUAAACCUUUUGUUAAAAUGAAUUUCAGUGGGCUAAGCAUUAAAAUGUACCACUC